AAUGAACGUCACAAGCAUAUGUCGCACCCUGAUGCCAUCCGACUCGGAAUAUUGUCACCAAAAUAUAAAACUCGUUAAUCACUGUUGUUAAACCCACACAACACGCCGGAAGUUGGACAGCGUGGCUGCCCCGUGUUUAUGAAGUGGAACAAUGCAGGCAUCCAGUCUUUCAGCCGUAUCCACGCAGAGGAAUAUGGCGGGGAGCACACUGAUUGAGGACCCGGGGAUCCCCCUGGUCGGGCGUCGGAAAGGCAAGUUCGCCAAGUACGUAGACGAGGACAGCAUGAGUCAGUCGAGCAAUGGCCCCCUGUCCCCAGCUGUGACGAGAUUUGACAACAUCAGCUACAAGCUCAGUCGAAGGAAAAAACUCCUCAACAGACGCCGUAUGAUUGUUAACCUUGAGUUCACUCUCGCCAUGGUUGGAAUCAUCUUGAUGUUUGUGGAAACCGAGUUGUUCCUGAACAAAGUCUAUAGUAAGAGGUCCGUUGCUUCUCUUGUCAUUAAGUCUGGCAUCUCCAUCAGCACGCUCUUCCUUCUUGCUGCGGUCGUUGCUUACCAUAUCACCGGCAUCCAAAUCAACCUGACUGACAAUGGUCUUGACGACUGGAGGUUGGCUGUGACGUCUUUUACCUACGUGAGGAUAGGCUUCGAAUUGGCAGUGUGCGCCAUCCAUCCAUUCCCUGGUCGAAUCGUCCUGGGCUACUUCGACACAAAGGGCAAUGCAACAGAGGUAUCUAUAGACGCUGUGCUGUCUAUAUUGAUGCUGAUGAGGCUGUACCUCGUGGCCAAGCUGUUGGUGGUCCACAGUCGACUGCUUACAGACACGUCUACCCAAAGUCUAGGCGCGCUCAACAAGGUCAAAAUCAACACGGUGUUUGUAUUCAAAGCUCUCAUGUCGGAAAAACCAGGCACAAUGUUAAUUGCAAUUAUGUGUAUAAUAUUUGUCGUCAACAGCUGGGCUCUACGCACAUGUGAGGGAUACUACCACCCCGACCAUGAGCACACCAACUUUCGGAAUGCCAUGUGGGUCAUAGCCAUCACGUUCCUCACUGUUGGCUAUGGAGAUAUAACCCCAAACAGCGACUGCGGGCGGUUUAUUGCAGUUACAACCGGUUUGAUGGGCGUUGGCACCACGGCUCUCUUGGUAGCUGUCUUGGCUCAGAAGCUGGAGCAGACGAGAGCUGAGAAAUACGUCCACAACUUCGUGUCUCGGAUACAGCUGGACAAGAAGAGGAAGCACGCAGCAGCAGACGUCAUCAAGAACCUGAUGAUGUUAUGGAGGCUCAAACGAAAGGGAAACGUCUCGGACUACCAACACCGCCGCGCCUACGGAAAGCUUCUCAAAGCCAUCCAUUCCAUGAGGAACGCUAAGAACGAGAGACUGAUGAUCGGCGAAAAUGCUGUGGGUGUAAUAGAAAUCUCCAAAGGUGUAAAUGAUGUUUUUGAAUUAGUUGACAAUGUGGAUACGGAGCAGAAGGAUGUUAAGACGAGAGUGGAGGCAAUGGAGGAGAAACUUGGCCGGAUAGACAACAAAUUGGACGCUAUCCACCAGGCACUAGUUAGAAAGUGAUAGCAUUUUAACAAAUCUUUAAAUUUGCCAAGAUAUGUGUGACUACGGUCUAACGGGCUGGUCGUGCCUUGUAUGUCAAUCUGUGUGAGCAUAGGGCGUGAGUUAUUGAUAUUUUGGAUUUUUAGGAAAACGAUUUUCAUGUAACGAAAUCCUAACUUCGUAGUAUAUGUGGAUUUUUAUUAAUGUUAUUACCAUACAGUGGUAAUAGUGACUUAGGUUUCUGUGUAUGAGGAUAGCUCCAUUGGCAUCACUGCAAGAUCCCCAGCUCAUUUAAACAGUAAAGAGCUCCAGGGAUCACUUGAUCUAUGAAGGACAAAAAAGCAGUAAAGAGCUCUAGGGAUCAUUUGAUCUAUGAAGGACAUCUAAACAGUACAGGGUUCAAGGAUCAUUCGAUCUAUGAAGGACAUAUAAGCAGUAAAGAGCUCCAGGACAUCUAAACAGUACAGGGUUCAAGGAUCAUUCGAUCUAUGAAGGACAUAUAAGCAGUAAAGAGCUCCAGGGAUCACUUGAUCAAUGGACAUCUAAACAGUACAGGGUUCAAGGAUUAUUCGAUCUAUGAAGGACAUAUAAGCAGUAAAGAGGUCCAGGGAUCACUUGAUCUAUGAAGGACAUCUAAACAGUACAGCGUUCAUGAGUAUUCGAUCUAUGAAGGACAUAUAAGCAGUAAAGAGCUCCAGGGAUCACUUGAUCUAUGAAGGACAUCUAAACAAUAAAGCUCUCCGAGGAAGGUAAACCAAAACCACUAUUUAGGACUGGACAGAAAGACACAGUGUUUCAGUGUUUCCAUCGAUGGUACUGACACAGAUUAGAAAAUAAAGAAAACCUAGAUUUCAUCUUCGAGAGGCCUUUUAUACAGGAGCUUGUGUUUGAUAACAUGAUCAAGGAAACAUUUGAUUGUCUGAUGUUUGAUUGUUUGAUCUUCCGCACUAGUUAGUAUGGCAGCUGGGAACGUAGACUAGAUACUAUCCUGACAUCUGCUUCAGAACAGUAACAUUACUAGUCUUGUAGCCGGGGCUCAUAAUUGCUUGCUGUGAUAUGUAGAGGAACCUAGACCAUCUGAUUGCACACAUAUAAAGUAGAGAUGCUUUGUCAGUUAUGGGGAAUCGGUGAAGAGUACUCGUUGUGGAAUUAUAUGGUUCAAUAUUUCAGGCCACUUACAUGCCAAAUGUCAGCAUUAUCAAAUAUGUAUAUACCUUACUUUAGUUCUAACUUACAGUGAUCUUUGUUCAUAGUUGUGUUGGUGUGUCAUUUUUUAAUCUUCUGUAUUUUUACCUUCUUAUUUGUUUGUUAGUUCUGACCAAGCACUAUGUUUGGUAACGGUAUUCAUCCAACGUGGAAUCAUGGAUGCAUGCACACCAGAUGGUAUAUUAAAUUAGAAACAAGCAAGAAAAUGUGGUUUGAAAGUGUAGUUGUGGAUUUGUAUCCAGAUGCUUUCUUUAUUCACUUAAAAUACCUUCAUGAUUGACACGAACCCUACUGAGGUACUAACAUACAUGCUGAUAUAAACGUACAUUACUUAUGAGUCAUGUAGAUAUCACCAUGCAUCAAUUUAAGCAACGAACUGUUCAAUCCACACGCGAUGUGGUGAUGUGCGAAACACACGCAGAACGAGGCUGUCCGGAUAUGGCGUGUAUCAGAACGAGGCUGUCCGGAUAUGGCGUGUAUCAGAACGAGGCUGUCCGGAAAUGGCGUGUACCAGAGGAUGCAAGGGAACAGACUGCCUGAAUUGAACUGGCCAGUGUUUGGCAUGUUGACAUCAUAGACGUUAGGGAAGGAUAUCAGUCAUUAUUUAAAUUUUGUCACGACUCGGUCCUUUGCGUGUCCAUUCGUUCUCGGAAAGCAUCAUUUGUUAAAUUGUUUUUUAUCACCACUCGACCCUUUCCGUUUUCUAGUUGCCUUAUACCGGAAUGACACGAGUGACCACGAAUGACAUGAUUUUUUUAUUUUGUAGAUUAUAUGUUUUCUUUUCACACAUAAAAAUCAGAAAUAGCCGUUAAGGAGGGCAAUUUCUUCAUUCAUGUUUCCUCGUUGUGAAGUAUUUCGUAAACAUGUUUUAUCUUUUUGAAAUUCGAAAUCCAUUAGGUUAUGAUUUGCGUAUGCCUACUGAUACCUUACUUGAUUUUGUUUAACUGUACAUGACUUUACACCAACAGGACAUAGAGUCGGGUGUUCUGGGGUAGACCGAUAAUUCACAAUGCAUUUAUCAUAGAAUUUAAACAAAUCUUCUUAGUCAGUUUUCAGUACUAAAUAUUUACUCCUUGUUUCACCUGAACCGUUUAGCGAAGAUCGGAUCUACAUUGUGUUGAUUUGAAGACUACAUGUGCAUAUCUGUGUCAAUAUACAUACGUGCAAGAAAUGAUAGCUGUAAUGUGAUUGGUAGAGUAAAGCCGUAGCUCACACCUUAUUAGCUAAAGGUCUCCACUGGGAUUGUGGGUUAAGAUCUCCUAUAUUUGGGCUGGCUUGAAUUUAGUCCAUGUUUGCUGGCUAUGGUCACAGAUUAUAUCAGCAAGCAUCGUAUCUUCCAAACGACCUCAAAAUAACCACUGUGAUAGUUUAUAGAUACAAUACUGUGUUGUCUGUGAAAAUAUUGGACUAUUCGUUAUCCUAAAAUUACAAUAUUUUUUUAAUCUUAAUCCAACCUUUUUCUUUACCGUUGAUUACCUUCUUUCUCAAAAUGUCUAUUUACUAUUGAUCAUGUUUAAAUACACGGUGUCUUUAUUACCACAUAUUGGUUAUCAACACAGCUGGCAGUUAAGUUGAGGUCUGUUGAUUAUGGGAACGGAUGGCCCAGUCGUCUUAGGCACCGCAGUUUGCUGUGCAGAGUUGCGUCGUUUGGGGACAAAGAAACCUAUGAUUGUGGGUUAGAAUCCCGUACAACCUGAUUAUGUUUCUAGGUUUGUCAGCACCAUACCCGUGCUCGUAGGUUUCACCAAAGUGGUAAACGUCUGAGACCUGCAUCACUUCGGGCUUUCCUCCCACAUUAAGCUGACACGCCAUGAUAUAACUGGAAUAAUGUUAAAAGCGGCAUAAGCCACAACUCAUCCACUCACUCACUCAGUCACUCACUACAACAAAUGGAUAAUUAAUUAAACGCAAUACAGUUAACCCUGGUAAAAACGAAGACGGAUACAGCGAAUACUCGGUUACAACAAAAUAGACGCUCUUUUAUGAAGAGGGGAUUGGCGUGUAUUGGGUUAUAAUAAUUAAAAUAGUAAUUUUUCGCGAUGAUGGAUAUAUCGAAUUCAAGCCCUGUUACGAUACAUCUUCGUAGUUCAUUUCUAAACUGCGGUUUCCAAAUCGUCACAUCAACCGCAUUAUCAACUCUAUGUAAAUAAAGUGUACAUAUUUAGAUAGAUGUAAUACUAAUUCCGCAUGUACUUAAGUCGCGUUCCAUCAUGUAGCGCUUCCUUUGAAAAUAAUACUGCAUAUAAGUGUAUUCGUCAUGAACGUUGAUAAAUAUCAUCGACGCAGUAUAUUGAACUCGGAUAUCUCAAAGUUAACCCACGGCCCAUAUUUAUUACGUACGUAUCAAAUCUCUAAGUGACUUUUAUCGAAGGUGUGCUUUGGUCGAGAUAUCGCUAGUCUACAAUCACAUGUAUAUUCCUUUACCCUUCCUUACCCUGUUAUGUUGUUGUUGUUGUUGUUGUUUAUUUCUGUUAAUGGUCAUGUUAUUUCCUUCACGAAUAUUGUUACCCAUAGUCUUAUUGCACGCAUGUUCACAAUACAUUUGGCACCAUCUUCCCGAGGCACCCUUGCCGAACUAGACAGGAACGAUCGUAGCUUCACCAGUGGCUUUUUACGAGUUAAGCCCCUUCUAUGCCUCUCCUAUGGACCAAUCAGAUUCAACUUCUCGUAUCACUUGCAUGUGCUUCAAACAAAAUGGCGGCGCCGAGUCAAGACGAUCUGAUCGAUAAUCAAGAUCUACAUUGUGAUAAAACGAAGUGUAUUAAAUCACGUGAGCACCUUGAUUAAAAACAUGAAAAGAUUUAGAAAAUAUCUGUUGACAACAAGUUGGCGGUGCAAAUGCUUUGCAAAUCCUGCAAUCGACCGAAAUCUGCAUGACAGUUUACGAACCGGAUUUCGAUUUCGUUGCGCAAUUGGAUUUGACUAUGCAUAGACUCGUUAUUCCAGCCAAAAUGUAACUCCAUAAUACCAGCCUAGUUCGGCAAGGGUGGAAACUGGACUUUUAAAGUCGGUUAAUAUAACUCUCAUGCCUCGGGAAGAUGACUUGGCACCGAAUCUGCUUUGUCGACUGGACACACGCAAAUUGUCUGCCCCUGCUAGUGUUAUCGACUGCACGGAUUAUGCAAAUCCGCGGGUUCAGUUGUUAGGUAGUGAUUUUCCUUUAACUGUUUAGCAGCAGUUACAAAUAUCUGUAACAGAAAGUUACACCUUAUAUCUUUAUCGCAUAUGAUGUUAGUUAGAUUUGAUUUUAUUUACAUGGAUCAGAUCUAAGGCGAGUUGUAUAACCAGUGUCUGUAUCAUUACUUCGCCUCAACGUCACAAUGUUAUUUAUUCAAAUUUCAAAUUAUUGUUUAUUAUGUGUGAUAUACCACAAGGGAAUGUAUUGUACUUGUAUACCGUGGUGCGUGUAUCACUAUACUGACAUUCCAGUGGUGUGUGGAGUAUGAGAUGUAACAUGCAGUGUCAAUAAAGUUGUUCAUGUUGGUCA